AUGCCGACUGCGAAUCCGCCAUCAUUCUUCAUUUCACUCCCAGUCGCAUCUCUCAACUCCGCUACCGAGUUUUACAAAUCUCUCUCAUUUACUCCUCUUCCUGAUUUUUCCGACGCAAACACCUCUGCCUUCCGUUUCCCCUACAAAUCCAAUUCUAAUAUCUGUCUUAUGCUACACUCCACAUCGCGGUUCGGAGAAUUUGUUCGCCAUGGCUCAGAGAUUAUAAAUGCGAAGAAGGUUACGGGCGCGAUAUACACUCUAGGCGUGGCCAGCAGAGACGAUGUAGAUGGGCUGUUAGAAAAGGCCGAGAGGGGGGGUGGCAAAAAAGAUCCAUUUACAAUGGACGGGUAUGGAAAGUCCGUGGGGAUAUACACCAGGAGCUUUGAGGAUCUGGAUGGGCAUAUCUGGGAAGCGACGACGAUGCUGGAGAAGAAGAGUGAGAAGAGCAAUGAGAAGAGCAGUGAGAAGAGCAGUGUGAAGAGCAGUGACAAGAGCAGUGUGAAGAGCAGUGAAAAGAGCAGUGAGAAGAGCAGCGAGAAGAAGACUGAGAAGAAGCCUGAGAAGAAGCCUGAGAAGAAGAGUGAGAAGAAGAAGGAAAAGGGCGAAGCAUAA